AUGGAAUGGGGCCUUUUGAAAGAGAAGAUGGCCCCUUUUGUGUUGUAUGUGAGACUAAAAGGCAGUCACUGUGUGCGAAGAUACAAUGAACGGUGCGUUACGGGGAAGAGAAUCGGUUUUCUUUUGGGUUGUGGGGCUGGGAAGUAUCGUGGGCCGCGAAGCCACCACUUUGGAAGGACGGUGGCCUUUGAAGGGUACGAUGAACUUGUCGCUGCAGGUGAAGAUUCAACAACGAAUGGUGCUGAGUGGUGCUGUGUGGUUGUACAACUCGUGUUACUGCACCUUGCUUUUGCUCGCCAAGUGUGUGGUCUGGACACCUCUCCCUCCUGUGCAAGUUGGCCAGCUGGGAUCUUGAGUGGCCAGCAUCGUACCUGCCUGCAAGGCAUUGUCAGGCAACAGCUGGAGUGCAUGACCCCUCAGUAG